AUGAAUCAAUUGCUGAUUCUGCUCUUAAUUCCAGUUGUUUUACUUACUGCAACUAGGUUACCGUCAUUUGAGACAGUUCAGCAUGCAGUCGAUUCAAUAUUAUCGAACGUAAAUGAUACGCAAGCCGCUGUUAAUGAUGAUGCUGUGGUUGGUAAUAUAUUUGGUCAUUUUAAACAAAUACAUAAAAAGACAUAUUACUCAAAAAAAGAAGAAGAUAAACGUUAUGCACUAUUCAAAGCAAAUGUUAAACAUAUUACUAUUACAAAUAUGAAUAAAAAGAAUGCAUUUCAACUGGCUAUUAAUGAAUAUUCAGAUUAUACAGCAGAAGAAUUUGCUGCUGAACGAAAAGGAUUGAAAUUAAUUAAAAAUACGUUGAUCAGAGGUAAAAGAGUAGCAAGUUUAUUAUCGUCAAGUACGACGAGUUCGACACGUUCAACUACUACUACGACGAGUUCGACACGUUCAACUACUACUACUUCUACAAGCACGACAGCAGUCCCAUCUACAUUAUGUACAAAUACAUCAUGUGACUGGCGAACUGUUGUCAAUGGUGUGUCAUUUGUUACAAGUAUUAAAGAUCAAGGCCGAUGUGGGUCAUGUUAUGCAUUUGCAUUCGUAGCACAAAUUGAAUCACUUUUAGCAAUUAAAUUUAAUCGUAAUUCAUCUGAUCUCAGUCCACAGCAAAUUAUAGACUGUUCUUAUGCAACGAACGGUAGUAGUAAUGCUGGAUGUAAUGGUGGAAAUUGGUAUUGGAGCGCUGUUUAUCUGCAGUCGGUCGGAUUUAAUUUUGCCACAUGGGCAAGUUAUCCAUAUAAUGGUGCUGUUAAUAGUUGUCGUAGUCAAACCGCGAUAAAAAUAAACAUUGGUCAAUUACGGUAUCGUGAAGUUGUAGAACAAGAUGAAAUUGCGUUGAAACAAGCCGUUGCUUUAGGACCUGUUUGGGUUGGUAUUAAUGCUGAUAACAGAUAUUUUUCACACUAUGCCAGUGGUAUUAUUAAUCCAUCCGACUGUGGAAACACAGUCAAUGAUUUAAAUCAUGCUGUACUAGUUGUUGGAUAUGGACGAGAUCAGAACUUGAAUUUAGAUUACUGGAUAAUUAGAAAUUCGUGGGGGCAAUCAUGGGGAGAAAAAGGCUACUUUCGAAUGGCAAGAAAUAAGAAUAAAAUGUGUGGGAUUUCAGUAUGGAAUGACGCAGCUUAUCUAGUUUAA